CCUCACUCCAUCUUCCCUCUGCACUUGCUGUCUCAUGCAUCUGCCAGCUUAUGACUUGACCCCACCCUUCCGCUGCCCCCUCGCAAGGCAUGCAUUGAUCUGCUCUCAACACAAACUCCCUGGGUGAACCUCCGGGAAUGCCGCCGAAGCUGGUCUCUGGCCCUGCGCCACGCGCUCUCCGACGUCGUCUACUACCUCCUACAACACACUCUCCGAUAAAACCGCCUGUCUCCCGGGAACAAUACUUCGUUUCCCCUUCUCCGCGGACCCUGGCCCAGCCACGGCCUGACAUUAUACAUGGUCCGCAGUUGACCCGCGAGUCACCGACACUCUUCUCGCAAACUGGUUUCCGACCGUCUGUAUCGGAUCCUCUUGACGGGGGUUCGAAUCGAGAUCAUGAGCCUCCUGACGAGCGCAUCUUGAAGCUUGGAAAGACUCUCCGCAUCCUCUCGCCUCUCCUCCCCACCCUUCUCAUCAACCCGCUACCCCCGAACAUACUCUCCCCCAGCAUAGCCUUGCACCUAUUCCCCUCGACACACCCGCAUCUCCCCACUGUCAAGGGCCGAACAUUGUAUCGCGCCGCGCUCUGGACCGUCCCAGUAGCAUGGAGCAGUCUCCCCCUACUAGGGAACGUGAAGCUCCAAAUUCUCAGUGAGCGUAUCGUCCGCGCAGGAACGGUCCUCGAACCCGAACGGCCUGACAGCGACCACGAUACCAGCGACGAGCGUCUCGUCGUGCGCUGGCGAACGGAACCGCGGAACGAAUCCACUACCUCCUCCGACCCAGAAGGUUCCAGUACAGCGUUCACCGCCGCAUCUCCUACUCUACCUACUGAUACCCAAGGCACCAACAACAAUAAUGGCAGUCACUUGUCAUCCUCGAAAACGGGAAUCAACAAAGGUCUAAGCGUCCUGCUGGGUGGGGACGCUCCGAUCUUCAAGUUGAAGAAGGAAGAGCAAUUUACGGGACUAUUCAUAUUCUCCUUCGACGAGGAAGGUCGCAUUGCGUCGCAUACGAUCGAGCAUGCGGAUGAUGCGCGCGGAUGGAAUCGCACGCCUAAGUUCGUGACCCUGACUGACUGGUUGAUUGGGAAGGCACGAGGAUCGCUUGACCCUGUUGCAGAGCCGGGACUAGCGAUGCAGGGGUGUCAUUGGCAGGAUGGACAGGGGUUUCUUGAUAGGGAUCGGUACCAUCACGAACAUCAGGAACAACAGUAUUAUCCUCAUGGUCGGCGGUCGUAGGCCCUCAGGCCUCGCUGUUUCUUUACCGAUAAGAUCUUGCUGUUAUGGAUCCAUGACCAUAUUGGUGCUCAUUUACUGUUCAAUCCUCCACUCUUUAUCCUUUCCUUUCCGGUCUACUCUCAAUAUCAAAGGGAUCAAUGUAUAGA